AUGGCUUGCUUGGUAACAGUGCCCUAACUCUAAACGAGGAUAACUUCGAAAAAAGUAUGAGCUCAAAAAAGUCUUCAAAGGCUGUGGACAGUAGUUUUGCUGAAGUUAAAAACUAUGAGUUGAUGUGUGUUGAGAAUCCCCCAAAGGGAGGGGUACCAAAUGAGGAGCGAAUAAGGAUCGCUUUCAAAGUCCUGGAUGACCUGGUUCCCAAACUUGGAGUGUACACCAGAAUCUUCACAAAAAUCAAGGAGGAUUUAUAUGAUGCUGUGUACAGUGAAGACCUUACCACACACACUGAUGGAACAGUGAUGAAGAUUCCAUAUUUUACGUUAAUGAAGAGGAUAUUUGACGAGCGAGAUGACAAACAAGAUCUGCUGUUGGAACAACUUGAGGAAGUGAAGCGAAGGUUGUUUGAUAAACAUAAGCAGUUUGAGGAAUCCAAACAAAAGAUUGCUCAGCUGGAGGAGACCAUUGAUGACCUGAACCAUAAGAUUGAAGGAUUAGAAGAGGAUCUUACAGAAAAGGGGACAGACAUUGUCAGGAUUGAGGAGGAGCUGAAGGAAGAGAGGGAGAGGUCAGAAGAAAUGGAGCAGCGUCUGGAGGGGGACAUAAACGACCUUCAGGAUUCCCUCGACGAGGCACAUCAGGAAAUCGAGAAUCUGUCACGCUACAAAAAGGGAUAUGAUGACCUCUAUUAUGCUUUUCUUGAAACUGGUGAAAAUUCUGAAACUCCUGAAAGAAAGAUUAAACCUGUCAUUUCCACUAAGAGGGCUAACUUGAUGAACAACAUAGAGUCUGCCCAGAAGUUAGAGGAUCAGAUAAUGAGUGUUAUGAACACAGCAGUAGAGGAAUUUGAUCGGUUUUUGGAGGAGCACAAAUCAGAGUUGAUGAAGAUAGAAGACAGAGAUGACCUGACAGAUGCUGAAUACGAGGUUCAGGAGAUGGACAUAGAGCAAGCUGACCAGGAGCUAGAAGCUGUGCAGGAGCGAUUCAAGUUCAAUGUUGGAGACAUAAGCAAUGAGCUAGCCCUUCUGAAGGAACACUGCAAGAUGUUGAUGAAGGAACUAGAAAUACUGGAGCAAAACAAACCCACAGUUACGAAAAGGAAGAGCACAGGAAAAAUGCCAGAUCCUGCUGGGCUGAAUAAGUCAGAUUCAAUUCUUUCUGCGGGUCUGAACGAUGACAAUGAUGAUGAUGAGGGGCCAGACGCUGACCCAUUUAUUCCCCAGGAGAGGGUCUUCAGUAAAUAUGCUGCCAUGUUGUAUACGUCCAACAACCAGGGCCGCUCAUUUGAAGAAUUUAAAGAUGCCAAAUUUUGCCCAAGUUGUGGAGAAAAGACUGUGGUUUGCCCUCAUAAACUGCCGGGGAGUGAUAAGGUCAUUAUUCUCCCCCACAACUGUACUCACAUUAAAAUUACCAGGCCCAAAGUCCGCAUCAACAAGGAGCUCAUUGAUGAGAUUAUGAAGCCAAUGACCCCAGAUUAUUCUCUGGACAUGCCGUCCACUGCGGGAACUUACACUCGUCAGCUGGACAGUAUCCCUACAGGCCACACCCCCGCCACCUCCAGGGAAAGCCCUAGUCUUGUGGGCAGUGAAGCUCACAUGCCCCACACAAUGCACAGAAUGUUUGACGACUACAAGGAUAGAGCCGGAGAUCUGGAGAGAAAAAUUCCCCGGACCCUGACAAUUGGGAGGACCCUGUCUCAGAUAGAACAGUUCUGGGCCUACAUGCUGGAGGGAGAUAAAAUUGUGGAGGAAAAGGACUUUGAAUUUUCUGUAUUGGACCGUCUGUACUUGUUCAUGCAAGAGAGAUACCUGAUUGAUGAUAUUAUGUACCUUUGUACCCAUGACCUUCUGUCAGCCAUUGCGGAAUACUCCUCCAUGAAUAAGACAAUCCAGGUGUUUGGUAACAUUUUAUCUGGUAACUUGGAUGGCGCCUGUUUCCGGUACAUGAUGUUGAUGUGUGACUUUAUCACUGUUGUUGAAUGGAAGGAGGUAGAGGACUUCAGGGCAUUUGCUCAUGUGGUGUAUCCGUUCAUGGGGGAGGAUGAUCUGGAGACUUUACACAUGAGCUACACGUCCUUCAGUGAAAACAAGAUUUCUCCUCAGCUCGUGUGUCAGUUCCUCAUGCACCUGAUCCUCAAAUACAGAGAGCCAUGCUUCCAAGAGAUGGAGCAUAAAAUAAUCCCAGUACAGGGAGGCCAGCCUCCAUCACAGGGAAUGGCCUGGAAGGAGUUCAACACAUCACUGGAUGAGAUCGUCACAACGUCGUCCGAGAAACUGAGGAAGAAACUGUAUAAGGAGGCAGAGGUAGCCGCGAGGAUCGACGGAUACAGAGACACCGUACCCCUAAUGAGGCUCGCACAAAUUGCUGGUUAUCUGAAUUUGGACUCCAUAGCAAAGUCAGUGAAGCAGAACAUCGCCCGUAAAAUCGUGGAAUGGAGGGAAAGGCCGAGUAGUUCUGGAUCUGGUAAAGGAGCUCAACAUCAUGAGGGUCAGCUGGUUGUUUCUGAUGAAAAACUGAUCACGAUGUCGAAUGUGAAACUGCUCGCCAACAAUGUUAACAGACGGAUGGCAAUAAGAAAGAGGAAUAAAGCUGAGGAGAGCUCGGAUAAGGAAGGAGAGAUGGGACAAUCAGGAUGAUGAUUGGCCAUAUUAUGCCACUUCAUAAAGGCAUAUGAUUGGACAUACCAUUCUUCAGUUUAAAGAAGAAAGCAUUUGAUUGGUGGAAAAAAAACCAACUUUUUCUGUGAGCAGUAUGUUCAGUUGGACAAUGAAUUACAGGAAAAUUGAUCAUGAAUAUGACUCCUUCAAUGGAACCAUCUAAUUUAUUUCUGAAAGUUGCUGGAUGUAAACUUCUUGCUGAAUUUCACUUUUUUCAUGAAUAAGAUACCCCACUUUUUGGGGGAGUUCAGAUGUAUUUCGACAUUUUAAAUAUUCUGCCUUAUCUGUGAUAAUAAUAUUUAUUUUGUAAAAUAGAUUUGAAGAUUUGAGAGAGAAA